GGGGAAUGAAAGGAGGCGCCGCAAAUUGCUGGAGGUCAGAUCAAGGCAACAACAUGGACUCGCUAGAGGAGACUGGAGGUUCCUCAGCAGAGGAAACUGGAAAUUCUUCAGCAGAAGAAAACUAUUUUGUGAAUUACACUUUCACUGACCGUUCUCAUUCAGGCCGUGUAGCCCAAGGAAUUAUGAAAUUAUGCCUUGAGGAUGAGCUCUUCGCUGAUGUCACCAUUUCUGUAGAAGGCAAAGAGUUCCAACUACACCGGCUAGUCCUCUCAGCUCAGAGUUGCUUCUUCCGUUCUAUGUUCACCUCCAAUCUGAAGGAGGCACAUAACCGGGUGAUUGAAUUACGGGACGUUAGCGAGAGUGUCUUCCAGCUUUUAGUAGAUUAUAUUUAUCAUGGAACAGUGAAGCUGAGGGCAGAAGAUUUGCAGGAAACGUAUGAGGUGGCAGAUAUGUACCAGCUUACUGCCCUCUUUGAGGAGUGUUCUCGUUUCUUGGCUCGGACUGUACAAGUAAAAAACUGCUUGCAGAUUAUGUGGCUGGCAGACCAGCAUAGUGAUACAGAGCUCUACACAGCUGCCAAACACUGUGCCAAGUCAUACUUAUCCCAACUCAAAGAAACAGAGGAGUUUCUGCACCUUCCUCUCCGUCUCCUGACAGAUAUUGUCUCAGAUGGAGUACCGUGUUCCCAGAAUCCAACAGCUGCCAUAGAAGCAUGGAUUGGCUUUAAUAAAGAAGAGCGUGCAGAUUUUUUGGAGAUACUGCGAUCAAGUUUAAAGGAAAUCGGAGAGAAUGUUCAUAUCUACCUGAUUGGAAAGGAGUCUUCUCGUACACAUUCUCUUGCUGUCUCCCUCCAUUGUGCAGAUGACGACUCUAUCAGUGUUAGUGGUCAAAACAGCUUGUGUCACCAAAUCACUGCAGCUUGUAAGCAUGGUAGUGACCUCUAUGUUGUUGGAGGAUCCAUUCCACGGCGCAUGUGGAAAUGCAAUAACACCACAAUAGACUGGGAGUGGUGUGCUCCCCUGCCCCGUGACAGGCUCCAACACACUCUGGUUUCUGUGCCUAGCAAGGAUGCAAUUUAUUCCCUGGGCGGCAAAACACUGCAAGAUAUAUUGUCCAACGCUGUCAUAUACUACAGAGUGAGAGAUAAUGUAUGGACAGAGACUAGCCAGCUGGAAGUAGCGGUGUCUGGGGCUACUGGUGUCAAUCUCAAUGGCAUCAUUUAUUUGUUGGGUGGGGAGGAGAAUGACCUUGACUUCUUCACGAAGCCUUCGCGGCUGAUCCAGUGCUAUGACACCAACACUGAGAAAUGCCACGUGAAGCCUUAUGUGUUACCUUUUGCAGGCUGCAUGCAUGCUGCAGUGCACAAGGACCUGGUGUUCAUAGUAGCAGAGGGGGAUUCUCUUCUGUGCUACAACCCUCUGCUAGAUAGUUUUACCCGGCUUUGCUUGCCAGAUGCUUGGAGCUCAGUACCAUCCCUCUGGAAAAUAGCUAGUUGUAAUGGGAACAUCUACAUCUUUCGGGAUCGUUACAAAAAAGGAGAUACUAACACCUUCAAACUCAAUCCAGCGACCUCUGUGGUGACAGUCACUAGUGGCCUCAAAGUGCUACUCACAAAUCUGCAAUUUGUGUUGGCCUGAAAGAAGAAUUAAGCACCAAGACAAUGGAGACAUUCCAUUAAGCAGAUCAGAGAUGUAUAGAUCUUCCCCAGGUCCUGCUCCUUGAGACAGAUCACAGAAAAGUCAGAGAGCUCUUCCCAUCCAGUGGCUCCUCAUAAGCAGCAGCAACAUCAUAACUUGCUGUCACUAGCACUUAAUUAGUGCAGCCUGGAUUUCUGCUAGCAGUGUGGUCUUCUGCUGGUCAGUUUCUUGUAUCCCAAACCCCCACAGCUAAGAGGCUUCUUAGGCCUAAAACCUUUACCACCAGCAAAUGCAAACAAAGGAGUUGCAUCUGCAAUUCCUAUGUUGCAGAUGACAACAUUUUUUUUCCAAAAUAUAUAACAUCCCUUAGAGCGACAACUACUAAACAAGUGAUUUCCUUUAAUGGUUACUUCCCUCAGUCACAGCUGCAGGAGACUAGCCUUUAGCCAGAGGUACUGAACAUAAACAAGCAUUGCAGUUUUCUAGAUUGUAUUAGGAAAAUAUGAGAUUGUACUUCCCUGCGCUGGGACUACCUGAAAAGAAAGGCAAAACUGCCAUUGUGCCAAUGUUGGGGUCCCCUGCCCUGAUGUUUAGUGUCAAACAUACUUAGUAAUACUUUAAAGACCUUUGGGAUACAAAAUUCAAUAAAGGCCUCUAUUGGAACAACA